AUGGCCAGAUUGAUUGCCUUAGCUUCUCCAGUAAAGGUGAAUGCAACAGGAGCAAGUAAAUCAUCAAGACUUGAUAUUGACCAAGCUGCACGAUCUAUAGCUAAGAAUGAAGUGUCUUUAUCAGCCAGCACUGAAAGUGUGUUUGAAUCCGGACUGGACAAGAAAGCUGUUAUGAGAGACUAUUAUGAAUUUGAAGCACAUAUCAUGUUUGAUGAUGCCAUGGAAACGACACAAAGAAAAGAAGGAGGAGAGAAGAAACGAGAACCAAAUGAAUUUGUCCAACAGUUAAUGGAAAUAAUGUCAGAAGCAGGGAUGGCCGUUUACCAGGUACCAAUCAAUCUAGCACCCCCAGACAAGCUUGCUACUCCAUAUGGUGGACGUUUAGUAUGGACAUUACCAGGAGAGAAUAAGCUUGUGGUGCAUCUAAAAGAUAAAGAAAAAAUUCGGCACAAGAAGAGAUGGUCACAGAUCAUGUACUUAUAUUAUUUGAUUGGCUAUAAAUUAGUAAACAGCGAGAUACAACAAUCGAAAGAAAAAGUGAAGGACGAUUUUGAAAGUGUGCAGUCAAUAUUUGAUAGGCUCCCAUCAAGCUUAGUGCAACAGGCGGAGAACACCUAUGUUAUGGCUUUAGAUGGUGAUGUCGACUUUUCUCCAGAAGCACUUCAGCUACUCAUAGACAGAAUGAAGAAAAACACGAAAGUUGGUGCGACAUGUGGUCGUAUUAAACCAGGAGGGUCUGGUCCAGUUGUGUGGUACCAGAAAUUUGAAUAUGCUAUAGGACAUUGGUUACAGAAAUCAGCAGAGCAUGUUUUUGGUUGUGUGCUUUGUAGUCCAGGAUGUUUUAGUCUGUUUCGAGCUAAAGCUUUGAUGGACGAUAACAUAAUGCGAACGUAUGCCAAAUUACCGACAGAACCCAAACAUUAUUUGCAAUACGAUCAAGGUGAAGAUAGAUGGCUCUGCACGCUCAUGUUACAACAAGGUUAUCGUAUUGAAUACUGUGCAGCUGCAGAGGCAUUGACGUUUGCACCAGAGGAGUUCCGAGAGUUCUUCAAUCAAAGAAGAAGAUGGAUGCCAUCUACUAUGGCAAAUAUAUUAGAUUUACUUAUGAGCUACAAUCAAACGACCAAAUUCUUUGGUAUGAUCCGCCACCGAUAUGGAACAUUCUUGCAACUUCUUGCGGCAACAAAUUUGAGAAGUAGAGAUUCUGAUCCAGAAUCAGUCAUUCAUAAAAUUAAAGAAAUAUCUUUUUCUUCGGAACCAGAUUUCGUUGUUCAUAGUAAUAGAAAACCCGGUAGUAAAUCAUACGAAACAAACGUCUCACCGGAAGAAAUAGACGAUAUCUAUGAAAAUUUUGCUCACCACAAGAGGGCGAAAAAUAUAGGAAAGUCUAUCAAAAGACCAAGCCCAAAUUUAAGCAACAACCCUUUCGACUUUAAAAAAACAUUCCGACAAAACGUACGUCACAUGACGCGUAAAAACAAAGACCACACAAUGAGAAUUGCCUCAGUUAGCGAAGAAAGGUUAUAAAUCCUGAUUAACGUAUUUUCAAUAGAAACUGACGAGUUGAAAUGUUGAUAAGUUAAUGUUUGAACAGAAAAUCACAUAUAUUAUUUGCAAAAUCCGUUACUGGUACAUCCAGUAAAAUAUAAUAAUAAAAGACGAUGCAUGUAUACAGAUUCGUUCAUAAAAUAUAUUUAAUGAAAUCAUACAUUCAUGAAAUUCGAGCAGGCUUUUUAGUCUAGAUUGUGUUUUGGUUUUAAUGCUCCGCCUACGAUAUGUCAUCGGUCUGAGAAUCCGUCACUCCGCUCCACUGUCCCGUAUUAGUUUCACGUUGUGAUUUUAGAUGGUUCACCAUGAAGUUGUUGUCACAUAUGUGAAAAGUAUAUGCAAAAUAAGGGUUAUCACAUUGAUUUUUACGGUAUACACAACAAAGUAAUGAGAUAGGUUGAGCAAAUGUGUCCCAUGAACACAAUUUCUUAUAUAGCAGAUAUAUCUUUUCAAUCUCGUAUGAAAAUAUACUUAUUUAUGGCUUUUCUAAUUUCAAUUAUAAGUAUGAAACCUAUUAAUAAUGCUGUA